AAAUGUCAGUAGUGGUCUUAAAGCUCGGUUGGAUCUUAAGCUCACCUGCUAUUGUGAGAAACCAGAAAAGUCCAGCAGCUCUUCUUUCUCUUCCCUUCCAGCUGGUAGCAAGCAGAUCUUGACGCUCAAUCAGAAGGCAAUCAACAAACACAGAGGAAAAUCUGUGAUCGUAAUGGGGUUUCUCUUCCCCUACGGGAACAGAUCCAUCUCCAAGCUCUUCAACUUUCCCAUUUUGGUUCUGCUUUUGCUUUCCUGCUUCAUCUUUAGUUCUACAGAAGCCUAUGAUCCUCUUGAUCCCAAUGGAAAUAUCACGAUCAAAUGGGAUAUUAUAAGUUGGACUGCUGAUGGCUAUGUUGCUGUUGUUACAAUGUACAAUUUCCAACAAUAUCGUCACAUUCAAGCGCCUGGAUGGCAACUGGGAUGGGUAUGGGCAAAGAAGGAGGUAAUUUGGAGUGCAAUGGGAGGCCAGGCCACAGAACAAGGGGACUGUUCGAAGUUCAAAGCGAAUCUCCCACAUUGCUGUAAGAAGGAUCCAACAAUUGUAGAUUUAUUGCCAGGAACUCCUUACAACCAACAGAUUGCAAAUUGCUGCAAAGGAGGAGUAAUCAAUUCAUGGGCCCAGGAUCCUGCCAAUGCAUUGAGCUCGUUCCAGCUUAGUGUUGGUCAAGCAGGAACGACCAACAAGACCGUUAGAGUGCCAAAGAACUUCACACUUAAUGCACCAGGGCCUGGGUAUACAUGUGGUCCUGCAAAGAUUGUUAAACCUACUAGAUUUGUAUCAUCAGAUCAAAGGAGAGUCACUCAAGCAAUGAUGACUUGGAAUGUUACCUGCACAUAUUCUCAGUUCCUGUCUCAAAAGACUCCCACUUGCUGUGUCUCUCUUUCUUCCUUCUAUAACGAAACAAUAGUGCCCUGCCCCACAUGCACCUGUGGCUGCAUGAACAAUAUAACUCAACCAGGGAGUUGUGUAGAGGGAAAUUCGCCAUAUUUAGCUUCAGCUAUUGCAGCUCUAGGAAAAAAUAGCUAUACUCCUCUGGUCCAAUGCACUAACCAUAUGUGCCCGAUUCGGGUUCACUGGCAUGUUAAGCUUAAUUACAAGCAGUAUUGGCGAGUGAAGGUAACAAUUACGAAUUUCAAUUACAGGAUGAACUACACACAGUGGAACUUAGUCGUACAACACCCAAAUUUCGACAAUCUCACUGAGAUUUUCAGCUUUAAGUAUAAAUCACUGACUCCUUAUGGUGAUGGCAUAAAUGACACUGCCAUGCUAUGGGGGAUUAAAUUCUACAAUGAUUUGCUUAUGCAAGCUGGCCCUUUAGGGAAUGUACAGUCAGAGAUACUUUUGCAGAAGGACUCAUCAACUUUCACUUUUGAUAAGGGAUGGGCUUUCCCUCGGCGUAUUUAUUUCAAUGGUGAUAACUGUGUCAUGCCACCACCAGAUGCCUAUCCAUUGCUACCAAAUGCCAGCAGCCGUCCAAUUAUCUCCUUGCUUUGUUCUAUCACUGCUUUGCUGGCAUCUUUGGUGUUCUUAUUUUCGUAUGCCUAGUGAACGAUACCAGGAUCAUACUGCAGAAUAUGGUUUCGUCCGAAUUACAAACUGGAGCUGAUCAUCUGAAGCCUGUUGCAUUAAAUGAGGAAUUCUGGGAGCUUUAGAUGACAAAGCGGGUUCAGGUGAAAUGCAAUUGUGAGAACAAAAUUUCAUUCUGUAUUUUGUAUUGGCCAGUUGAUUUCGCUGUCAUUUUUGUGUACUUUCGCCAUUGUAUUGUAUUUUUUUAUAUACAGUUAAUCAUAUUGUUUGUAAGCAAUCCACGUCAAAUUGUUCUUCCCAUUGUAAUGGGAACCAUUCACAGGGACAACAUUG